AUGCGCUCUGCUGCCGGAGUCUUCUAUCUGGCUGUGUUCGCCUUCCUCGGGCUUGCCGAUGCCCAUAAUGACCAACCCAAUGAAACCCAAGACCUCGAACAUCACUCCCACACAGUCUGCGCUAUUGACCCCUCCGCCACGGUGACCGACGCUUGUCUUUCUUACGCCACCAUCGAUGACCUCAAUGACCAAGUCUACAACACGCUCCAAUCCCUUACACAAGACACCGAUUUUUUCAGCUAUUAUCGCCUAAACCUCUACAACGGGCACUGUCCAUUCUGGAAUGAUGCCAAUAGCAUGUGCGGGAACAUCGCGUGUGCCGUCAACACCAUCGACUCGGAGGAGGACAUCCCGCCAACGUGGCGGGCGGAGGAACUGAGCAAACUCGAAGGUCCCAAGGCCGGCCACCCCGGCCGCAAGCUUCAAAAGGAGCGACCCAGCGAUAAGCCUCUCCAAGGCGAGCUCGGCGAGAAUGUCGGGGAAAGCUGCGUCGUUGAAUACGACGACGAAUGCGACGACCGUGACUACUGUGUCCCCGAAGACGAAGGCGCCGGCGGCAAGGGGGAAUACGUCAGCUUGGUGGACAAUCCCGAGCGAUACACGGGGUAUACCGGAGAGGGCGCGCGUCUGGUCUGGGACGCGAUCUACCGGGAGAACUGUUUCCUGAAACCCUUGCCGGAGGAAUCGUCCCCGCACCCGGCCCCGGGCGGCCUGCAGGCGGUCCAUGAUUUCCGCAACGUGUUGCAGAAGGAGAUGAAGCGCGCGGAUAUGCUGCCGUUUGACAACGAGUGUCUGGAGAAGCGGGUCUUCCACCGUCUCGUCAGCGGCAUGCAUGCGUCCAUCUCCACCCAUCUUUGCUGGGAUUACCUCAACAAGACCACCGGCCAGUGGCAUCCCAACCUGCAGUGCUUCAAGGAGCGCUUGCAUGAUCACCCGGAGCGCAUCUCGAAUCUGUAUUUCAACUAUGCACUGGUCUCCCGCGCGGUGGCGAAGCUGCGCAAACAUCUCCAGAACUACACCUUCUGCGCCAGCGAUCCCAUCCAAGACGCCGAGACGAAGCAGAAGGUGUCGCAGCUGACGGCGACGCUCGCCGAGCGGCCGCAGAUCUUCGACGAACACCUUAUGUUCCAGGACCCCAGCGCGCCCGGGCUGAAGGAGGAUUUCCGCAAUCGCUUCCGGAACGUUAGCAGAUUGAUGGACUGCGUCGGGUGCGACAAAUGCCGGCUGUGGGGCAAGCUUCAGGUGAACGGGUACGGAACAGCGUUGAAGGUGCUGUUCGAGUACGACGAAACCAAGAACGGAGAGAAUCCUCUACUGCGGAGGACCGAGCUGGUGGCCUUGAUCAACACCCUGGGCCGCAUCUCCCACAGUCUGGCAGCGGUACGGAGCUUCCACCGAGCCAUGGACAUCGGACAGGGCGAGACCAUCGAGAUCACCGCGGGUACUCCGCAGCUGGAACAGAAGUCCAGUGGUCAGAAAACGCGAGUGCUUUUCAAAGAUGGGGGCUCGACGUUCUACUACGAAGACGAGGAAGACGACUUCAAAUAUCCGACGGAAAAGCUACCGUGGGAGAGAAGGGCCCGGAAGGAGACAGAUACGCUAUGGGAUGAUUUCAAGGCCGAGUUCGAGGUGGUCUGGAACACCUACGUCUACGUCCUGAAGAGCUGGGCCAACAUCCCCAAGACUCUAUGGGAGAUUUUCGUCCUAGAAGCCAACCGGGCCUGGAGUUACUGGCUGGGUCUGCCUGUGCCGCCACGGUCAUGGAAGAUUCAGCUUCCCCAGCGGCCUGAGAUGCGUAGCCAUGAUGAGCUAUAG